AUGGUUAUUGUUUUAUUAGGUUUGAUCAAUGUGGUCAUGGCAGCAACUUAUCAUAAACAUCAUAAACAUGAUAGAAUUACCUCGAUGAUUCAAUCAACUCCAACAUUAGUUCGUCGAGCUGAUUCUGACUCGACUGGUUUACCAACCCUUUCCACAACAGUAGCAACCACAACAACAAUUACACAUAUACCUCAGCUGAAUAAUCCUUAUGUCAAUGUACCCGACUUACCAACCAAUUUGGUUUUCAUAAUUGUUGGUGUUAUUCUUGGAGCUAUAUUUCUUCUGAUCAUUACUUAUCGAUUGGUUUCCUAUAUUAAAUCUGGAAGACGAGCUCAUAGAGAAAAAGAGACUUAUUAUUCAAAUUUAGAUGAAGUUUUGAAUACUCCUUAUUCUUAUUCAAGAAAUUCAUCUGCAUUAGAUCUUAAUUCGUCUUCAUCAUCUUCAAACCAAGGCCGUUCAUAUAGAGACAAUGUAUUGGGAAAUAAAGCCACCACUAAUAGUAAUAUUACUAAAAAUAAUAAUGUUAGAAGAUCUAUGUUUAUUAGUCCAACUAUGGAUUUGAAGAAUUUUGAUUUGCCAUUAUAUAGAAAUCAACAUAAUGGUUCCCUGGCUUCGUUAUUAUUGAAAAUUCAUAAUGGUGAUAAUAACAGUACAUUCUUUAAUGAAAAGAGCCUGACUUUAUUUGAUGUUAAUAUUGCAUCAGCAGCAGGUUCAACAAUUAACGAUUCUUCAAUCAAUGGAUCAAUUAUGGAUAGUAAAUAUUCAGUACCUCCGAAAAGUCCAUUACGUGCCCCGAGUAUGGUACUUGAAGAUUUAUUAAAUGAAGAAAUGAAGAGAAGUUUGUCUGAAAAAGACAUUUCGUUAAAGAACAAGGAGAAUGGUAAUGAUGGCGAUGAUGCAGAGGAAGAAAAGAAAUAG